AUGGCAGGGCAAAAAGGGGGCCAGGAAGCAACCAGAGGAGGCACGAGCGGGGACACAAGAACAAAGGAAAAGACAGAAACGCGGGAAGCAAGCAGACGAGGGGGCCGGAUGGGAAGGGUCAGGACAGGGGGGGAGGGACGACAACCGCAGACGCACGACGGACAGAGGGGGCGCGGGGGAAACGCGCAGCGGGGACGGGGAGCGGAGAACGGCCACAAAGGAAGAAAGCAACCGAAGGGGCCGGGGGACAGGAAAGGGGAGAAAGAGAAGAGGUGGAAAAGAGAGGAAGAGAGGGGUGGAAGAGGAAGAGGAGCGGAAGGGAAGGGCAGGGAAGAGCGGACCAGGGCAAACGAAAAAGGCAAGAAAAGCGCAGAGAAGAGGCAAACGGAAAACGGGGGACCGGGAAGCGUCACGGGCCAACCGACGGUGCCAGCGAACGCCGAAGACGCGGGGGCAGGAAAGCCAGGGCGAGGACGGGGAGCAGUGGGAGAAACGACGGGAGGAAGGGCGGGAGGGAGGCGACCAAGGGCGAAGAGAGAGGGCGGACCGGGCGACCGUCGAGACGGCCCACGCCCCAGGUCGGGCCGGGGUGGCACAAGAGCGGUAGGCUGA